CGAACGAUGGUACCAAUGUCAGUGAAGUCCGAAUAUUCAGAAGAAACUAAAAAUUUGUCGUUCAUUUCGUGUAAAUUUGAAAAAAACUAACAAAAUGAUAUUGUAAUCAUUGUAUAGACUGCUCUAUUUUGUUUCAAAUAUUAUUGUUGUGAUAUAUUUACGACGAAAGUAAUUCUUACAUUAUAUUGUCGUCGGUAAAGUGAGAAAGUUUAGUGCGAGUGCAAGGGUGGUAACGAGAAAUGUGAAGUAGUAUCUAUGAAGUUCAAGAUUGAGCCGUUUAUUUUAUAUAUCUAAUUAUGAGCGGACGCCCUAGGACCACGUCAUUCGCCGAGGGCAGCAAAUCCGUUCGAAAGACAUUUGAAAAUCAACCACCAAAACCACCUCUCGGAGGCGUAAAAAUUAGUAGCGACGUGGACACACUUAUAAAGGGCGAGCUGGCUUCGGAAAAGAAGGGAACUGCUUCCCAUCGCAAGGACGGCUCGAAGGUGACGACUGUGGUAGCGACGCCGGGGCAGGGCCCCGACCGGCCUCAGGAGGUCAGCUAUGCCGACAUGAAGUUGAUCGGCAACGGCAGCUUCGGCGUCGUCUACCAGGCCAAACUGUGCGACACUGGCGAGCUGAUCGCCAUCAAGAAAGUGCUGCAGGACAAGAGGUUUAAGAACCGAGAACUUCAAAUAAUGCGACGACUCGAGCAUUGUAACAUUGUCAAGUUGAAAUACUUCUUUUACUCCAGUGGAGAGAAGAUGGCAGUCCCCGAGGCCGUAACUUGCUCACUGCUAAACGCAAUGCAGCCCAAAGACGUCGCAAAAGACGAAGUGUACCUGAAUCUGGUGCUGGAGUACAUACCGGAGACUGUGUAUAAGGUUGCACGUCACUACUCCAAAGACGAACAAACCAUACCUAUUAGUUUUAUAAAGCUGUACAUGUACCAGCUGUUCAGAAGCCUGGCGUACAUCCACUCGCUGGGCAUCUGCCACAGGGACAUCAAGCCACAGAACCUGCUGCUCGACCCCAAGAGCGGCGUUCUCAAGCUGUGCGACUUCGGCUCGGCCAAGCACCUGGUGCGCGGCGAACCCAACGUGUCGUACAUCUGCUCGCGGUAUUAUCGCGCGCCCGAGCUCAUCUUCGGCGCCAUCGACUACACGACUAAGAUUGAUGUGUGGAGCGCCGGCUGCGUGGUCGCCGAACUGUUACUGGGGCAGCCCAUAUUCCCCGGUGACUCAGGGGUCGACCAACUCGUCGAGAUCAUUAAGGUUUUGGGCACACCAACACGAGAACAGAUUCGCGAGAUGAAUCCAAACUACACAGAGUUCAAGUUUCCACAAAUCAAGAGUCAUCCGUGGGCGAAGGUGUUCCGCGCGUGCACGCCGCCCGACGCCAUCGCGCUGGUGUCGCGCCUGCUGGAGUACACGCCGGGCGCGCGCCUGUCCCCGCUGCAGGCGUGCACGCACGCGUUCUUCGACGAGCUGCGCGAGGCGGGCGCGCGCCUGCCCAACGGCCGCCCGCUGCCGCCGCUCUUCAACUUCACGGACUACGAGCUGUCGGUGCAGCCGUCGCUCAACGACCUGCUCAAGCCGCGCGAGGCCGCGAAGGAACACGACGCGCAGGGCGAGAACGCGGCCGCCAGCGGCACCAGUGGUGGCUCCCCGAGCGCCUCGUAGAGCGAGCGGCGUGCGGCACACCUGAUACCAGCCGAUACCAGCCGAUACCAGCCGGUACCCCUCCAACAGAUCCAGUCCGAUUGAAUUAUAACUGUACCCUUAGGUAUACGUUACCCAAAUACCUCAAAAACAAACACCAUAAACUGCCUGUACGUCUACCAUCCACUUAUCUUCCAAGUAUGUUAACUCCAUUAUAAACUGAGUCUUAUUCACAAAUUGACAAGGAUAUGCUUUUAAUUUUCAUUAGCAGCCUUCAAAAAUAAUAAACUAAUUAGUGUGGACCAAUGGCUAUCGAUCAAUGUAUCCACUGUUUUUUUUUUUUUAAGUAUAAAUAGGAAAACACGGCAUAGAGCUUUUGUUCAAACAUAUUAAUUCAUAUCCAAAAGAACCUUCAAGGGCAUAAUAUAGUCUAACCUUGAAGCUUAGAAAAACAUCUUGGUUUUUCGUUUUUAAAAUCAGUUCGCUUGUUCAUUUGGCCUUUUAUUAAAAAAAAAAAACAUUUAAUUGAACACACAGUUUUUGGGUUUCUGUACAAUGUGUUAAGGUUCUGUGGUCUCAUUUUUGUUUGUGGUAUGAAUAAUUUUACCAUAUAUUGUAAAGCCAUAAUGCUAAAAUGAUAAAAGAAACUAUCUUAAAGUUAUCUAUCGAUUUGUGGUUACCAGGUAGUGAUUUGCUUUUUAUUAUUUAUUAAUAUCAAUGAGGAUUUAUUGUUAAAUAGGAUGAGUUGGUGGAAGUACCGUACAAGCAUAGUACAUGUCAACAGUAUCGUAAACGUUCAAUACUAAAGCUUUCAAAUUAGAAUUUGAAGUGACGCCUUAUUUGUUAGUGCCCAUUGUAUUAGAGCGGUUUAAAUGUUUAUGUGAGUGCCGACAAUAUCGGCCAUGUAUAUUAUCGGUCUCUGAACUUUGACUAUGCCCAGACAGCUGAUUUAUAAAUAUAUUUUAUGUGUGACUGCUCGAGUAGGCGAUUUAAAUUAUGAGAGUAAUGUAACGGAUUACCGAUUAGUUGUCAACAUCGAUCGUGUAGGAUGACGUACGUGAGUCGUUCACGCUGUUUUAGUGAUAGUUUUUAUUUGUGUUGGCCAUCGGGAAAAUUUUAAUGCAUAAUAGGUGUUUUCGGCGAGUUGUCGUGUGAUACUGUAGUGUAAUAAUUGUCGAUACAAGCUUGAGCUGUCGUAGUCGGUAAGAAGGGUAAAUCUAAACCGUCGCGAUGUGAUUACUUUGUACUUUUGUAAGCUCAAAACUCCUCUGUGUACAUACCUAUAUGAUACAUGUGCAUUUGUCCCAUAUAUUUUGUUUUGCUUACAUUUUUCUUUCGAUAGAUUCGUCAUCCGCGAUGUUCUAGCCGUGUAGUACGUUUCAAUAGCCAUGAUAUUUAUAAGCUUUAGUAAACAGUAAUUAGUAGCAAUGCUUGUGCCGUGUCCGUUGUAAUUCGUUAGUGAGCAUCACCGGUAGUGCUUUGUCGGUUGGGGGUGUAUACAGUAGGUUCGUUAGCACGCACCAUGGACGCACCAUGGACGCACCAUGGACGCAACAUGCACGCAAUGGCGUACGUAAGCGCACGCCCGUUCAUCGCCCAACCGCACUUCCACGACAUGUGAAAGAUAUCUUGUAAAUUAUAUAGCACUAACUGAUCUCUCAAGAUAGUUUUAAUGUUUAAUUAUGUGUAUUACAAAUGUGGACUUUGUAUAAAUAAAUGUGUUAUCUGUACGUUUGUUUGUACAAUUUGCUAAUUGAUAUAUUGUUUAUUUUAUUCAAUGGCGGAUUGUAUGUACAACGUUAUUUAUCGCACUAUGUCCUACUGAAACACCUAUUUUCGAUUUUAUAUUGUAUUCUUAUAUUUAAAUCAAUCAUUAAUUCAGCUAUGUAAAAUUAUAAUUAUCAUCGAGAACACGAUAAAGUAGUCAUUUUAAAGAUAAUUAAAUUCAUUGUCAUAGUUUUUAAGUAUUUGAUCAAUUUGAUUUUGCACUUUCGCGUUGGCGUACAGUUACGAUUAGAAAAGGUAUUACUUGAGACCUUCUUAUUAUAUAGUGUAACGAAAUCUUUCAUUCAUGUUUUAGAUGUAGCUGUAAUGCGUAAUCAUGGGUGUGGUGUUGCACCACUUCUCUUUUAUAGAGACUAGAAGCGGGUGUCCGCUCGGUUUGUUUACACGGGUUUUAUGUAAAGUCACCAAAUGUCCGUGACCAAUCUGACCUGAUCUUUUGUGUACAAAGACAAGGUAUUCAUUCCACGGAGUACCUUCGCGCAUGCUGUAAUAAUAAUUACAAUAUCAAUCUUUUGUUAGUCGUUUGUACCCGGAAUGGCUCCGGCUGCGGAUCAAUACAUCUGUAUUACUAUUAUGUAUCUAAUAAUAACAUAUAAAUUUGUAGUAUUUUAAGAGUAUAACGCGCUCGGCGCAAGAUUUCAAAUCACAUAUAGUGGAGCUUAGCUGAUGUUGUCCCUAAGUUUGAAUUGCUGACACACCUUUAUAGUUGAUGUAAAUAUAUUAUUAUUAUUAUUAUAAUCUUUAUGAUAUGACUUUUGAUUAAAGUUUAUCGGUAGAGUAACUCACCUUCUCUAUGUGUGGGAGCUGCCACACUAACCCUAACGACGGGCAGUUUGGGAUUUCAGUAAGGAGUAUGAUAGUUUAGAUAUGCAUAUUUUAUUAAGACUAUCUAAUAUGAAUUUUGUAAUCAAUGUUGCUUCUAAAGAUCCUCUGUGUAAAAAGUUAAGACAUUAUAUACUAGUGACCUGAACAUUUGAAGUAAACACGUGCAACUUAUUUGAACUGUCACCUUCUCCACUCGGUGCACCUCCUAUUGAGAAUGUUAGUCUCCGUAUCACAUUGUUGGCAGUGGGGUUGACAUAUAAAUUAUUUAAAGUAAAAGAGUUUUUUCUUAUUACUAGUUCUGUAUAAUUAAAUUAAUAGUGAGUGAAAUUUGUAUUUUGUUUUAAUUUGUUUUAUUGAAACUGAAAGCAUCAUAACACCCAUAUCGUUGUUAGUUAUGAAUGAAAAUAACAUAAUUAUAAAAGUAAAUAUUAAAUGAAUAGUA